CUUCAGCACACAACAAUUCUAAAUUAUUUCGUUGACUGCUCUAUUAUAUAAAUCUACCCACAUUUACGAUGUCUGGAAAAGGUAAGUCAUGAACAGAUUGUCUGCGUUGAUGAAUUGGAGACGAAUGCCACAGUUCUACGUUUCGCAAYUUGAAUGGAGAUCACAGCUCUUCCUCGCUUCAUCUUGAAACUCCUUCUGACCCGUACUCCACKYUGACUGCUGUCGUGCGAUAAUGUUCUACGCUAUGUUCUUUAAACCGUGUGAAUCUGUCCAUCCUCCCCGAAGGAAAAGGAAAGGGAGGACGCGGAGCCAAGAAGGGUUCGGUGUCCAGCUCUCAAAAGGCUGGUCUCCAAUUCCCGGUUGGUCGUAUCGGACGUUACCUCCGACAAGGAAAGUACGCCACUCGCAUGGGAGCCGGAGCACCUGUCUACCUGGCAUCAGUUCUUGAAUACCUCUGUGCCGAAAUUCUGGAACUCGCCGGAAACGCUGCUCGAGACAACAAGAAGUCCCGUAUCAUUCCCAGACACAUUACCCUUGCCGUAAAGAACGAUGAGGAACUCAACAAGCUCCUCGGAAACGUUACUAUUGCGUCCGGAGGUGUCUUGCCCAACAUCCACGCUGUCCUUCUUCCYAAGAAGACAAAGAUGAACUCCAAGGCCUCGCAGGACUUCUAAGCGAUUAUCAGUCAGUUGUACAGGAACAACACAUUGCUACCGCCGCAACAAACCAAACCAAAACCAAACCGGAGAUUUUAAUCUCCACACAGUACAAACAGACGACUUCCUUUCUUCUUUCAAAUUUAAGYGAACAAAUCCUAUCUGAUGUAUUUGUGCGGUCAUUUCGCGUGCUGGUUUGAGAAUCGUUUCUCGGUCGUUCCAGUGACAUUGUGGCCAUGGUGAAUGCAAGCUCAUUUGGAUCUUCUUGCGUAAACAGUAUCCGAAACGAACAUGUACCUUUAAUUAAACUGUAGCCAUUAA